AUGCAUAGAGCUACAGAAAGGGCUAGAAGAUCCGAGGGCCGCAGACACAUUCCAACCGAUGGCUUCAUUAGCAGCGAUGCAGGCAGCUAUUCUGGUUCCAGCAGUGAAAUCGGAAGUGUCCGAACAGCUAGCAGUGCUGCCAAUGGGGAGGACGACGAAGACGAAACACUCCGUCGAGCCUUUAAAGAAAGUUUGAGGCUGGAAAAGGACCGUCAGCGACAGCGCAGGGAGGCUGAACGGGAAGCCAUGCUCCGGGAAGAGGAGGUCCGCCGACAGUCUCUCCGGGAGGCUCAGGCAGAAGCCAGGAGAGCGCAGCGGGCGGCCCAGGCGGAAGAAGAAGCAAUUCGGACAGCCAUGGAAGCAAGUGAACGGGAGCAGGAGGAGGCGAGAGCAAGAAGAAUAAGGGAGAAUUUGUGGCUUUUCGAACAGACAGUGGAACAGUCGCGGAGAGAAUAUGCAGCUGGCAAUGGGCGCGGUUCUCAGAGGAACUACCAGCGGGAAGCUCAAGCUGCGAGGCCUCGUACUCACCGGAUGAGAGAUGCCAUGAGGAAUGCAGUUACGAGAUCUCGAGCCUUCAGCUUCGGCCGCAGUAGCCCUGAAUGGCAGGACUCAGAGGGAGCCGUCUCCCCUUACACAGCCUUAUCUCGUUCCAAUGCAACUGGUCCUCCCAACACAACCAGGGCCCCAAAUCCAACACGACCGUCAAAUCCAACCAGGUCUGCUAACCAGGUUGGAUUGCCGGUUCCAGGUGGGCCUGCACCAUCGCCUAGAUCAAGAAGCCCAGCUCCUCCGGCGGGCAGUGGUGAAAGGCGAAGAACCGCCGCCCCUAGACACUAUUCAAUGCUCCUUGUUACCCCCAUAGAUACAACCAAUAAUCACGUACGCGAUGUUUUACGCAGAUCCCGUAGAGAGUUCCAGGCUCGAGCUGCUGCCGCUCAAGCCGCUCACGAUUUCGACAAUGACAUGCAGCGAGCUAUCAAUGAAUCUGCGGAACAGCACCGAGACGAAGAAGAAGAAGCCGUUCAGCGCAGCAGAGGAAUUCCAACGUACGAGGAAGCUUGUGCGUCGGUCCGGUACCGUGCUCCACCUGGCAUGAGAUACUCCUUCCAAGGCCCAGAGGUCAUCGAGAUACCAAGGGAGAACGGGCCGCCGACGAAGCUGAGUAUCGUAGGGGAUAUGGACCUAGGGGAGGCAAUGAGGAUUGCGAACCAACGAGUCAAGAGGAAGAGAGGCCAGACACAGUUAAAUUGA